AUAUGCAUUCCUUUGUCCUUUUAGGACUUUGCCGAAGAUAUCAAAAGAAGAAUUCGGAUUGAUUUUUGAUGAGCUUGAUGAUACUCGUGACUUUAAGAUAAACAAGGAUGAGUUUGCUGACCUUUGCCAGGCCAUUGCUCUAAGAUUCCAAAAGGAGGAAGUACCAUCUCUUUUUGAAAACUUUCCACAAAUUUACCAUUCGGCCUUAUCACAACAACUGAGAGCCUUUGUUCGAAGCCCCAACUUUGGCUACGCUAUUUCUUUCAUCCUCGUUCUCAAUUUGAUUGCUGUCGUUGUUGAAACAACGCUUGAUAUCGAAGAAAGCUCGGCUCAGAAGCCAUGGCAGGUUGCCGAGUUUGUCUUUGGUUGGAUAUAUGUGUUAGAGAUGGCUCUAAAGAUCUACUCAUAUGGAUUUGAGAAUUACUGGAGGGAGGGUGCAAACCGAUUUGAUUUUCUAGUCACAUGGGUCAUAGUUAUUGGGGAAACUGCUACCUUCAUAACUCCAGACGAGAACACUUUCUUCUCAAACGGAGAAUGGAUCCGGUACCUUCUCCUUGCAAGAAUGUUAAGACUGAUAAGGCUUCUUAUGCACGUCCAGCGAUACCGAGCAUUUAUUGCGACAUUCAUAACCCUUAUUCCAAGUUUGAUGCCAUAUCUGGGGACCAUCUUCUGCGUGCUGUGUAUCUACUGCUCUAUUGGCGUACAGUUGUUUGGGGGGCUUGUGAAUGCUGGGAACAAGCAGCUCUUCAAAACCGAGAUGGCUGAGGAUGACUAUCUAUUGUUCAACUUCAACGACUAUCCCAAUGGAAUGGUCACACUCUUCAAUCUGCUAGUUAUGGGUAACUGGCAAGUAUGGAUGGAGAGCUACAAAGAUUUGACGGGGACGUGGUGGAGCAUAACGUAUUUCGUCAGUUUCUACGUCAUCACUAUUUUACUUCUGCUGAAUUUGGUUGUUGCCUUUGUCUUGGAGGCGUUCUUUGCUGAGCUGGAUCUUGAGGAAGAAGAAAAAUGUCAAGGACAGGAUUCUCAAGAAAGAAGAAACCGGCGUCGAUCUGCAGGGUCGAAGUCCCGGAGUCAGAGAGUUGAUACACUUCUUCAUCACAUGUUGGGUGAUGAACUCAGCAAACCAGAGUGUUCUACUUCUGCUGACACAUAAUAAUAAAUUAAAAGAAUCGUAAAAAUAAUUAUUUACUUUUCUUGUGGAUUGGAUUCUAUAUGAAGAGAUAGUAGUAGAAUCUAGAAGGUGACUACAUUUUUUCUUCUUUUGGUUGCAUAUUUAAAUAUUUAACGAUUGUGUUUUACGAUUUUUUGGCUUUUCGUCUUCUUGCUACUACUACGUAGUAGCCCGUAGUGUUUGACAUCAGACCUUUUUGUAAUGUUUAUUUGCUCUGACUUUGAUAUAUUUUUUUUCUUUUA